CCCUGCGGAAAAAGACGGAGCAAUAAAAAGAAGACAGAAACAGGAAACGUGGUAAAAAGACUGCGAAAGAAAAAUGUGGCUUGGGUACCCUCAAUCAACUUUUGUACAAAGAGUUUACAGUCAGUUAAAAGACAAGCCUCAUGAUAGAAUCAUGCAGGACCACAUGCAGAAACCGGGAGGGAGGAACCGAGGGGAUACCAACAGCCCGAGGAAGCGAGACCACCGCCAGGAGCAAACGCCCGCCAACAACCACCACCACCACCAGCACCACCACCACCAUCAGGCGGCGGCGCAACAUGGCGGCGACCAGGCCCCGGCCGGCCCCGCCAUCACGGUCGACCUGACCAAUUUCCGCAAGCCGGGCGAGAAGACCUACACCCAGCGCUGCCGGCUCUUCGUGGGUAACCUGCCGAACGACGUGUCCGAGGAGGAGUUCAAGAAGAUGUUCGAGAAGUACGGGGAGCCGUCUGAAAUCUUCAUUAACAAAGAUAAAGCGUUCGGCUUUAUCCGGCUGGAAACCAGGACUCUGGCUGAAAUUGCAAAAGCAGAGCUCGAUGAUACUACACUGAGAGGAAGGCAGAUAAGAAUUCGAUUUGCAACACAUGGAGCAGCUCUGACGGUGAAGAAUCUUCCUCAGUUUGUAUCAAAUGAACUGUUGGAUGAAGCGUUCUCAAUCUUUGGACCAGUGGAGAGAGCAGUGGUAAUUGUAGAUGAUCGUGGCAAGCCAACUGGCAAAGGCAUCGUGGAGUUUGCAGCAAAACCUGCUGCUCGAAAGGCGUUGGACAGAUGUACAGAUGGUGCAUUUUUACUGACAGCAUUUCCAAGACCUGUGACUAUUGAACCAAUGGAGCAGUAUGAUGAUGAAGAUGGGCUUACAGAGAAACUGGUCCAGAAAAAUCAACACUAUCACAAGGAACGGGAACAGCUUCCCCGAUUUGGUCAGCCUGGGACAUUUGAGUAUGAAUAUGCCAUGAGGUGGAAAGCUCUGCUUGAAAUGGAGAAACAACAACAAGAUCAGGUGGACCGAAAUGUGAAGGAAGCACGAGAGAAACUGGAAGUAGAAUUGGAAGCUGCACGACAUGAGCACCAAGUUAUGCUGAUGAGGCAAGAUUUAAUGAGGCGUCAAGAAGAGUUGAGGCGUAUGGAAGAACUUCAUAAUCAGGAGUUACAGAAGCGAAAGCAAAUGGAGUUGAGGCAAGAAGAGGAACGGAGAAGACGUGAAGAAGAGAUGCUUCUUCGUCAACGUGAAAAGGAAGAGAUGAUGAGAAGACAGCAGGAAGGAUUCAGGGGAAACUUUGGUGAAAAUAGAGAAAAUCUGAGGAUGGAGGAUAUGAGUCAACGUGGUGGAAUACCAAUAGGAGUGGGACUGACUGCAGCUGAAUUUAUUAAUCUAAAAGCAGCUGCUGCAAACCAAGUUCCGCAGCCACUUAUGGGAAUGAACAGAGGAGCUGUGAGUGCAAAUGCAGCAAAUCCACAAGGACCACCUGGAAACCUGGGAAACCAAAUGCCUGAAGGCAACAUGGGAAUGCCUAAUGAUCGAUUUGUUCCUGGAGGUAUGGAUGGUCAAGCAAAUAACAUGGGUGGACCGAUGGUUGGAAACCCUGCUGGGUUUCCUCGUGGAAAUCAAGUUGGAGAGUUUGGUGCAAAACGCCGUAGAUACUAAUUGCAGACCUUGAAAGUACAGUAGCCUUUAGCCAUUCCACUUAAAGUUGGCUUUAAGUAUUUUUGCAGACUGUAUCGGUUGUAAUGAGCUUUAGUACAUAUAAGGUCUUUGAUAUUUUAAAUUACUGUUUUGAAUAUUCUUUUAACUUCCUGUUGGAUGUCUUGGUAAAUGUGCAUGAUCUGUUCAGUAAUCAACAAUGUACAUAAUGUAUUACAUGUUGCAGAGAAAUUGGCAAGGAUACACAUUUGGAUGUUACUAUUUUGAUAUUUGUUUAGCUACUUCAGCAGCCUUCUCCAAUUACACAGUCCUGAAUAAUUUUCAUAUUUUGUGACGUAUUUGAAUUUUUUUUAAGUGAUUUCAGAUGGUAAAAUCUGAAUCUAAAGAGCUUUGUGUACUUAUUUUCUAUUGCUGAUGGCUUUUGUGCCUAGUGCGUUUGGUAUUUUACAAUGGGAAAAUAAGAGAUGGGCUUAGGUGGGUUUAUGUUUUAAAUAAUUGAUACUACUUAAAUAUGGAUUGUAGAAGUUAAUUUGGCGUAGUAUAACUUUUAGUCCAAUAACACAAUUCCAUAAUCUUUGAUGGUUUAAAGCAUAUUUUGAUCAUAUCUCUGAGAAAUGUGGGUUUGUUGCAUAGGUCUACAAAUGCCUUCGAACGUGGGCCUGAUUUACAGGAAAUGUAAAUCAAACAUAAACCCACCUGUUCAGAUUUUCAGCCUUUUUCAAUCUUAUUUUGAAUGAGACAUCAAGCAAAGAUACCAUUCCACACUUGAAAAUGCAGAUAAAGUUCUCAGCAAUUUUUCCUGUUUUUGUAAUGUAUUCAUUUACUGCCCUAACUGUACUUUUGUUCAGAGAAGUUCUUGUAUUGCUGUUGCUGCUCAUUUCAAAGCAGCUAAUUAAACAUUUCUGUUUUGAAACUUC